AUGUCACAUUUCGAGCCUGAAGACGACAAUAUAUUCAGACACUUUUGCACCAGAUGUAACGACGCCUGGGACCUCUAUGCUGAAGGCAAACUUGACGAAGCCACUGCCAUGGCUGAAGCUAUACUCCGGGAGGAGCCGCAACCACUCUCUACUCACAAGGCCCUCUUGCACGUGCUCCUCUCUAGGUCUAAAGACAGUACCAAGGCUGUCCAGAACGCCCAAAAGGCAGUCGACCUCUAUCGGUUUAUCAUGAGGGACAGCGAAGGGGCUUCCACGUCCUCAAAUCACGUCAAGUUCCACAUUGGAAUCAACCUUAGGCGCGCGGAGGGAGAUCUCCAGUUGCUCAUCGACCAACAGCGACUAGAGAGACUCUCCAUGGUCAGCCUCGAGGAUAAGCAGUCAGAGCCGGACGAGAGUCAAGACGAGGUCAAACAAGAAGACAAUGACAGCCAAGAAGAGAUGGAUCUCGUGAGCCGAGUGCUUAUGCAACUGCCACCCAAGGCGAGAAGCCCCACACCGACUCCCACACCGACUAGUCCGACUGUCAAAAGCGAGUCCUCCACGCCGUCAUGA